AUGUCGAGUCAAGCUAAAAAUCAAUUCGAAAUACCGAAAUGGGCUGGCAAACCACCUGUUGGAUUACAUUUAGAUGUGAAAAAAGAUGGAAAAAUGGUGCAGAAAUUAAUGAUAGACGAAAAAAAAUGUUAUUUUUUCGGUCGUAAUCGUGAUCUGUGCGACUUUCCUAUUGACCAUGCAUCAUGUUCUCGUGUUCACUCUGCACUUAUCUGGCAUAAAGAUUUAAAUAGACCAUUUUUAAUUGAUCUCGCUUCAACACAUGGAACAUUUAUCGGUCACAUUCGUUUGGAAAAUAACAAAGCUCAACAAGUUCAUAUUGAUAGUGAAAUUCGUUUCGGUGAAUCAAGUCGUGUGUAUAUUAUUCGUGAGAGACCACAAAACAAUUUGUUAUUCGGUGACAAUGGAGAUCAUAAUGACGAAAACAAAGAUGAACGAGGAAUAUUAACGAUACCAGAGUCGGAGAUGGAACUAGAUAACUUGACAGAAUUUAAUACUGCUCAUAAUCGUCGUAUAGCACAAAUUGUUCAGAUAAAUGAUUUACCAUCAGUUCCAACUGUUAAAAGAAAACGAAAAGGUGUAUCAUUUGGCGAAGAAGAAGAAGUAAUUAAUCCAGAGGAUAUUGAUCCAAACGUUGGUCGAUUUCGAAAUCUAGUUCAAACAACUGUUGUCAUUCCAAAAAGAAGAAAACAUGAACAUUCGGCCAUUUCUCACCUGGGUAUUGAUCCCAUUCAAAAGCAUUCUCAAGCAUUUCAUUAUAGUCAAUUAUAUGAUCAUACACAUGCUGUUAAUGGAGCAAAUACAAAUGAUAAUUCAAACACACUACAAGCACAUAUGAGUGUAGCAGCUACACUUGGCAUAUCUGCUCCAAAUUUAGCUCCAGAUCUCGCUGAUUAUGACAUAUUAGAACAAACACCAGCCAUACUACCAAAAUUUACCCACGUAUCUCUACAAGCACCAACAAAUGAAAACGAUUUAUCGGAACCGAAAAGAAAAAAAUAUGCAAAAGAAGCUUGGCCUGCAGACGGUGGUCAAUUAACUGUCAGUACGUUUGUUGCAAACAGUCACGCAAAUGAUCAGUGUGGAUCAAAUGGGUUACCUUUAACUCCAAAUUCAAUUGUAAUUAUUGGCAGAUUUCAAUAUUUGAAAACGUGCGAACAUCCAAAUUUGUGUCGUUAUUUGGAUAUUAAAAAGGGUACACAUGAACGAUUACAUGUUGUUAGUGAAUGUUAUGAAAAAACAAUUGAUUCACUUUUUGAAUCAAAACAAAUUCAAUAUGGUAUUGAACAAAUACGUCAAUGGUGUCAUCAAUUAUUAAAUGGUUUAAUUUAUUUACAAUUAAAACAUGUUACAUGCAAAAAUUUAUCACCUAGAUAUAUUCGCUUAACAGAAACGGAACAUCAAGUCAAAUUACAAAAUUAUGGACUCUGGUACAUGACGCAAUACGGAACAUGUAUCAACUUUCCUAUUGGUGAUCCAUGUUACAUGGCUCCUGAAUGUUAUGCAAUGGAAUCAACAUUUCGAUUACUUUAUCCUCCAUCUUCACACGAAAAUGAACCAAGAGAUCCGGCAAAUCCAAAAAGUGAUGUAUGGUCAUUUGGAAUUAUUUUAUUAGAAUUAUGUUUGGGUCGUCGUUUAUAUCAAAAUCAGCCUGUAGUUGUACCAAUAUCAACAAGUAUAAGAUGUUUAAAAUUAAAUGUUCAAAGUGCAUUAGACGUUAUAUUAAGACGAAAUGGAUUAGAAAGAAAUGAUUUAUCUGCAACAACACAACAUUUUUUACCUAUUAUUGAAAAAUGUUUAAACGUUCAUGUAAAAGAACGACCUACGUUUGUUGAACUACUAGAAAUUCUUGAAGGUAAACAAUAUUCAAUAAUACGACAUUCAUUACCAUUUACAUUAUUUGAUGGCAUUAUACCUGUUCUUGAUUACAAUCUAUCAAUAAAUGAAUUCAAAAAUUUGACUAAUAAUCGUUUUUCAUGUCGUACUAUCGAUGAAAUUUAUUAUUUAUGGCAAUUAGCUGGUGGUGAUUUAACAACUGUUUUGAAAAAUGCUGGUCUUAUUAAAAUAUUACCAUCAAUAAGUAAAACAUCAAAAUUUGUAACUGAUCAAGGCGAUAUUUAUGGUUUACAGCGUGAUAUAAAUACAUUGUUUGAUGAUAUAGCCAUUGAAUUACCAUUACAAGAGUUGGACAAUCGAUUUCGAGAGAUGCCGAUCGAAAUUCUUUAUCCAUUAUUAGAAGUCAGUGAUUCUGAAUUUCAAGAACGACAAAAAUUACUUGAUUUAGCGAUUGAGGGUCAACCAUUAGCUGUACGAGAACAUGAUUUCGAAUAUCAAUUUCAUCGUUUGAUAUUAUUUGAACGACUUUUAUCAUCAUAUCCGUAUCUAAAACAACGAUUGUAUACUGAAGCUAGAAAAGAUAUACCACCAGUGUAUCGUGCAUUUUCCUGGGCUGCUUUAUUGGAUAUUACUGGUAAUGUCAAUGAGGUUUAUGAAAAAAUCGAUAAAGAAACUGUAACACCAACGGAUCGUCAAAUCGAAGUUGAUGUACCACGUUGUCAUCAGUAUGAUGAAUUGUUAUCGUCGCCCGAAGGACAUCGUAAAAUGAAACGAGUUUUAAAAGCAUGGGUAAUGAGUCAUCCUCAUUUAGUUUAUUGGCAAGGUUUAGAUUCAUUAUUAGCACCAUUUCUCUAUUUAAAUUUCAAUAAUGAAGCAUUAGCCUAUGCGUCACUAACAGCCUUCAUACCAAAAUAUUUAAACAAUUUCUUUUUAAAAGAUAAUUCGAUGAUUAUCAAUGAGUAUUUAACCGUCUUUUCUCAUUUAAUUGCUUAUCAUCAUCCCGAUUUAUCGAAUCGUCUUGAAACAAUUGGUUUUAUUCCAGAUUUGUACGCGAUACCCUGGUUUCUAACAAUGUAUGCUCAUGUAUUUCCUCUUCAUAAAAUAUUUCAUCUAUGGGAUAUGUUACUGUUAGGAUGUUCAUCAUUUCCACUCUGCAUUGGAGUUGCUAUUUUAACCCAAUUAAAACCGUUAUUAUUGAAAGCAGAUUUCAAUGAAUGCAUUCUGUUAUUUUCAGAAUUGCCAGAAAUUGAUAUUGAACGAUGUGUUCGUGAUUCAAUUGAAGUCUUUGCUUGUACUCCAAGAAGUAGUACAUAUCGUGAACAUGCCAUUGAUGCAGUGCUUUUUCAAACUAACAAUGAUUUGGUACAUAUUUUUUCACUAACACAAAAUUUAUAUCAUUGUCAACGUUAUAAUUCGUUAAUUUUAGGACAUGGAUAUAUAUCAAAACAAAAGAAUAUUUCUUUAACCAAUUGUGAUAGUUAUAUGAAAGCAGCAUUGCCAGGUAGCAUUAAUUUUCCAUACGACCAAACAUUCAACGAAAAAGGUGAUUUAUUAGAUCAACGUUUAUCUCAAAUAAUUGAACAAAAUCGAGCAUUAGUCAAAGUUGUUAUUGGAAAUAAAAAUCAUUCACAAACCGUUAAAUUUGCUAAUAAUUUAAUACAUAAUAAUUGGAGUAGAGUGUGUAUUCUACAUAAAGGAAUUGAAGUAUUCAAAUCAACUGAUCUACUUUAUGUACCAACACCAUCGGAUAUUUUAUAA